AUGCCAGCCGCAAAGACAGGCAAGGAGGCCGAAGUGUCGCUCGCGCUGGAGAAGGUGACUGAUUCGCGCUCGUCGACUGCGGCCUUGACGUCCGUGACGUUGACGUGCAGGAAGAUCUCGCAUCUGCGGCAGAACGUCGAGGCGCUGACCAUCCGACUUACAUCCAAGGAGAGCGAGGUCAUCGACUCGGCUUACCCUUUCGACGUGGGUUUCCCAAUGAUUUCACUCGAGGAAUAA